AACAUUUUCUAAGCAUUGCGAUGGCCUCUUGGACGUCGGGGCAAGUUUGCCGCUUCUGCGGAGAGCAAAACGAUGUGAUUGUUGACCUAAUAGGAACUGGGUUGUGUGAAAAGCUGGUGCGGUUCUUUCCGCUGAAGUUUGAUACUGCCGAUCUCCUUCCGAAGAUGGCUUGUACGGAAUGCGCCAGCAUAAUUCAGAAGAUGGAGGGAUUUGUUCUUAAAGCACAGGAAGUGGAGCAUAAUUUACUAGAGCGCUCAAAUCGUUCGGUAAGCAAUGUGAUAUCCCCUUUGGAAAUACGGUCUCUGGUUAGUUCGAUAAGUGCAACAAAAACCAAACCUCAUCCCGCCUCCGUUAACGAAGUUCUUCGUAAGCUCAACACUUCAUCCAUAGUAAUCAAGAAGAUAGACAAAAAGAAACCAAUUGAAAUCGAACAACCAGCUAAAACCAAACGAAUAGAUGAUGAGGAACCGCUUUUGAAGAUGAAGGUUGAAGUAUUGGACGAAGAAGUAGAGCAUCUACCCGCUGAAGAUUUCAUUCACUACGAUGAUACUGAUGAUGAUGAAGAAGGGGAAGUCCUUGCUCGGCAUAGCUUCCAGAGCAUUGAGUCUGUCAAUAUUAAGGAAAUGCACUCGACCGACGAAAGCAGUCAAGAGGCUUUUCCCGAAGAAAGAUUGGAGAUUGAAAUCAACCCGGAAUACAUGCAGAACGAUCAGGUGGUAGAUAGCGAACCACGCCGGUUGAGGUCACCAGCGAAACUUAAGCCAAAACCCCGUUUAUCCAAUUCCAAAAAUGUUGUCAUCAAUCUAACGGAUCCUUGUCAUUACGUAUGCGUAACGUGCAAAGGAAAAUUCAAAAGCUUUGAAGAGCUACAGACUCAUAUCGAUCAGAACAUUUCCUGCAAGAAAGUCAACAGUACUUGUGAGCAAUGCGGGAAGGUGUGCGACAGCCGUCGAGCGUUGUAUCAACACAGGCAGACACACAAUCCCAAGCCGCAGUUGAUUUGCGACCAAUGCGGUAAGGUCUACACCAAUUCGUUCAACUUAGAAAAUCACAAAAGCCAAGUUCACGGUGAAGAGAUUGAAGAACUUGGCUACGUUUACAAAUGCUGCGAGCAAACUUUCCCAACUCGUCGGGAACUUAAUGACCAUAUUGCUACACACAGCAAACUACUCAACCUUUUAUGCGACACCUGUGGCAAAUCGUUUACUUCACAUAAAGCACUUCGGUCUCACAAUAUGAGCCAUCUUAAUAUUAGACCUUUUUCAUGCGAUUUGUGUGACAAAUCGUUCCGAACUAAAUUGUUGCUAGUGCAACAUUCGCAUGUCCAUACCGGAAUCAAGGCCUUCAACUGCGACAUGUGUGAGAAGUCCUUUGCUAAAAAGGAAUCGCUUAAGAGGCACUACAAACUUCACUCAAGUGAACCUGUUUCCUGGUCGUCCACGGGUGAGAAAAUCUCGGUCAAGCCUUUGGAACAACUACAACAGGCGCAUCAUGAACAACCGCAGUCAUAUGUUGAGUAUGAAGAGCUACAACACGUCUGAAGCUUCAAAAGGCAAGCGAUUUAUUUCCAUUUUUAUACGUUGAUUGUCGAUCUAAUAGACAAGAAACCACACUGGAUGUCAGUGAUGUGCUUUGUAAAAUGAACAAUCGAAACAAUCAGCUGUUGUUCUUCGCUUGGGAUGACAUCCUUGAUAUGUAUUGGGAUAUACUCCAGCAUUUUACGUGACUUUUGUUCUAUUCAAACGAUCUCACUCACGCGCUCUAGAAUUUUGAGCACCUAUACAGUUGUGCAUUAGAACACCAAUGAAAAAAUAAUAAGCCGACCAUAUACAAAAUGUUCAUUGCUUCGAAAAAAAGACACUAUGCAAAAUUUGGGCUCAGUUGGACA